AUGCACUGCACAGCUCUCGCUGUGCUGCUGCUGUAUGCACUCGUUGUGCGCACUGCUGUGCUGGUAAGAGCCGACGCGGUCACGGGAGCACUAGUCCCAAACAAGACCACGUCCGGCGCGGAAUCGUCGGCAAUAGCCCGUGGUAAAGUCGCUACCGGGAAGUUCGCACGGCUUAACGAGACCGAGGAACGAUCUCCUCCUGUCUCUCCGAACAUCAUGUCGCCAGCAUGGUCCUCGUUCAACUCGUUGGAGUCGAUGUUUUCGAGAAGCGCUCGCAGUCCUAUGUUCUCUUCGACCAGCAAGCCGUCAGUUAGACGUUACUUCAAGUCGUUGCGGUCGCAGGCCUUGAACAGUAUUCGAGCUCGUUGGCCGCAGGACAGAGACUUCGUAGUUGGUACUUUCAAGCGGUUUGAGCUCGACACUGGGCUGGAAGAAAAUCUGUUCACCCCCAAGUUUAAGCGUUGGGUUGCGAUUGUGGAUCGCUACAAUAAGCGCAAUCCGAACGACAUGGUGUCGGUUGCUGAGGUGCUAGCGAAGACGUACACGGAUCUAAAACUGGUCCAAGCUUUUCGGGCGUCCCCAAUUCCUAGAGACGCGCGUCGGUUGGUGACAAGAUUGGAGAUGCAACUGGUGAAAUACUGGACGAAGAAUAAAAAAACGUCACUCGACGUGUUCAAGCUGUUAAAUCUUCACGUGGAAGGGAGCAACAUUUUUGAGCGUCCCGAGUUGAGCCUGUGGUUUUUGCACACGGCGUUGGUGCAUGUAAAUGACCGCCAAAGGACCAUGGCCAAGACUUUAUUGACAUGUUACACCUUGGAAGCCUUGAAGACCAUGCACCAGGACUACAUCAUGUGGGACGUCUAUAAUUUGUUCGAUAUAUGGGCGAGUCUACGAACUGUGCUCGCGCUGUGCAGUCCGCCUAAGAAGGCAGUUAACUUGCCUGGACAGGGCAAAGUCGAAUCGCAAGCCGGUGGGCUACGAAAGAUAAAGGAGAAUGGGACGGUGUAG